CUUCCACACCCCUUUUGGUCUGCUUCUGUGCCUCAAAAGUCACAUGAACCUGCUCAUCCAGUGCAGCCAGGAUAGCCCAGCUCACUAUACCCAUUGCACCUGGCCAAGGACCGCGCUUGAGGAACCCAGUCUACCUGAUUUCACCUGCCGACUGCAUUCUCAUCCAGAGGACUAAAUAGCAUUUUCCUAACCCUGUUUCCACCUCUCCCCUCUGCUCCUGCUCUACACGCAUCAUUUGCUUUCCAGAGAACCCAGAUGCCCUAGCUCCUUACCACGCUUUCCUGCUUUAACACAUCAAGACUAGGAAUCCUGGCUGACUGCUUCCACCGCUCCCAUGGGCUACCACUUACUCUUCUUUGGGCUGCCAGCCUUUGGGAUUUAUGCACUGGCAUCUCACUGCCUGCGAAAGAAGCCACAUCUGCUCCACAAACGACACAGGUUUCCUGUCCAAUGCCGACACGUCUCCCAUAGGGGUGGCUCUGGAGAACGGAUUGAGAACACUAUGGAAGCCUUUCGCCAUGCACUGAACCAGGGCACAAACUUGCUGGAAAUUGACUGCCACAUGACAAAAGAUGGGGUGGUGGUGGUUUCCCAUGACAAUAACCUGGAACGCCAGACAGGCUACAAUAUAGAGAUCAGCGAGACAAACUAUGAGGAUCUGCCACACUAUAAGAAUUCUCUGGAGGUGACCUUUUCCCCAGGCUGCUUCUCCCACGGCAGAGACCACCGGAUUCCAAGCUUGGAGGAGGUCUUCCAGGAGUUCCCUGGAGUACCCAUCAACAUUGAAAUUAAGGAGGAUAAUGAUGAACUCAUACAAAAGGUAGCCGAUCUUGUCCGAUACUAUAAUCGCUCCCACAUCAGCAUCUGGGCCUCCUUUGAAGGGGAAGUACUGAAGAAAUGCUGCACUGCUAACAAGGACAUGCCUUAUAUCUUCUCCCUGAACCGUGGCAUCACAGUCCUCCUGCUCUACUACGUAGGACUCCUGCCUUUCGUGCCACUGAAAGAAUCCUUCCUUGAGUUUGUGCUGCCUUCCAUCAUGAACAGAACCUAUUUUCCAGUGAAAAAGGGAUUUUAUGGAGCACUGCUGGCAAAAUUUGCCCACAAGAUGACAAUGAGGAAAAAGCUUUUCAAGCAUCUGGAAGACAGAGGGAUACAAAUUCUCCUUUGGGUCUUGAAUGAGGAUAAGGAUUUUGAGGAAGCCUUUAGCUAUGGCGUCACUGGAGUCAUGACUGAUUACCCCACCCUCCUCCGAAAGUAUCUAGACAGUCAUCCACCCCUUCUCAACAAAUGAUCCAGAAACACAAGUGAAAGAGAAGAAAAAUAGUUACUUACUACAGGAUUUCUGACUUGGAAAGACAGGAAGAAGUCUGGUGUCAGACGGAUAAGAAAGGAAAGAAAUACUGAGUUAAGCUUUGAAUGGGAAAAAGAUGAGUAAAGCUGUAAAACAAAGUUA